AUGGCCUCUCACUCUAACCAAUCAGGAACAGGAGCUGACGGGCAAGUAGAAAAGGACCCCCCACCGGCGAUCCCAACAACAGCUUCUCAGAACCCACUUUCUGAGAUAUCGCCGUCGCCGUCGCCGUCAUCCUCGACGGCGCCGGCGCUGGUGCUUUCGAACUCGGGGAAGCGCAUCGAUCAGACGGGAAAGAAGAAGUACGUGAAGCAGGUGACGGGAAGGCACAACGACACGGAGCUGCACCUGGCGGCACAGAGAGGCGACGUCAGCGCGGUGAGGCAGAUCCUUUUGGAUGUCGAUUCUCAGAUUAUGGGAACUCUCGGCGACGAUGACGACGUUGAUCUCGACGCCGAGAUUGCGGAGGUGCGCGCUUGCCUCGUCAACGAAGAGAACGAGCUUGGUGAGACCCCUUUGUUCACUGCCGCUGAAAAGGGUCAUCUCCAUGUCGUGAAGGAACUUCUCAACCAUUCUACCGCUCAGACCGUUUCCAAGAAGAACCGAUCAGGUUUUGAUCCCUUGCAUAUUGCAGCCAGUCAAGGCCACCACCCCAUUGUGCAGGUUUUACUAGAUUAUGACCCGGGCUUGAGCAAAACUAUUGGUCCAUCCAACUCGACACCACUAAUAACCGCCGCAACAAGAGGACACACGGAAGUGGUGAAUGAGCUGCUGUCGAAGGAUUGUAGCUUGUUGGAGAUUGCUAGAUCGAAUGGCAAAAAUGCAUUGCAUUUAGCGGCUCGUCAGGGUCAUGUGGAGAUUGUGAAAGCCUUGCUCAGUAAAGAUCCACAGUUGGCUCGGAGAACUGACAAGAAAGGGCAAACUGCAUUGCAUAUGGCUGUAAAAGGGCAGAGUUGUGAUGUGGUAAAAUUACUUCUUGAUGCGGAUGCUGCUAUUGUUAUGCUUCCUGACAAAUUUGGUAACACAGCAUUACAUGUGGCAACCAGGAAAAAGCGCGUAGAGAUAGUGAAUGAGUUAUUACAUCUGCCAGACACCAAUGUUAAUGCGUUAACCAGAGACCACAAAACAGCUCUUGACAUUGCUGAAAAUCUUCCACUCUCUGAAGAGGCAUCAGAUAUAAAAGAAUGUCUUUCUCGAUAUGGGGCACUUAGAGCUAACGAGCUCAACCAACCAAGGGAUGAACUGAGGAAAACUGUUACUCAAAUCAAGAAAGAUGUUCACACUCAACUUGAACAAACCAAGAGAACCAACAAAAAUGUUCAUAAUAUUUCGAAAGAGCUAAGGAAACUACACAGGGAAGGAAUCAACAAUGCCACAAACUCAGUAACAGUGGUGGCUGUGUUGUUUGCUACAGUUGCAUUUGCUGCUAUAUUCACUGUGCCUGGUGGUGAUAACGAUGAUGGCUCAGCAGUGGUAGCAGCUUAUGCUGCUUUUAAAAUCUUCUUCGUCUUUAAUGCUAUUGCACUUUUUACAUCUUUGGCUGUUGUGGUUGUUCAAAUUACCUUAGUUAGAGGUGAAACUAAAGCAGAGAAAAGGGUGGUAGAGGUGAUCAACAAGCUUAUGUGGCUGGCUUCUGUCUGUACUUCAGUGGCAUUUAUUGCUUCUUCUUACAUAGUUGUGGGUAGGAAGAAUAGGUGGGCUGCAGUUCUGGUUACAGUAGUUGGAGGGGUGAUAAUAUCUGGAGUUAUUGGCACUAUGACUUUCUAUGUAGUGAGGUCUAAGAGAAGCAGGUCAAUGAGGAAGAAGGAGAAGCAGCUAGCCAGGAGGAGUGGAUCUAACUCAUGGCAUCAUUCUGAAUUCUCCAACUCCGAGGUUGAUCGGAUUUAUGCGAUUUGA